GAAGAGACAGAUUUGGAAAGAUAACGAGGAGGAGGAGGAGAGGCAGCAGGAAACCCAGCCCACAGUUUGGCUUCCUGCUGCCUCCUCCUAAAACCUGCAGAUUCCCCCAGCCCUUCCAAGAGCCUGAAGUUUCCUCAGCCCUGCUGCCGGCACUGUCAGGGUUUGCUGAAAGAUGAGGUCCUGGAUUUUCUUCCUGCUCUGCCUGGGAGGCAAAGCCCUGGCAGCGCCGCAGGAGGCUCUGCCUGAUGAGACGGAGGUCAUCGAAGAUCCCACCACAGAGGAGCCCGUGGGGGUGAACCCUGUUCAGGUGGAGGUGGGAGAGUUUGAGGAACCCACGGAGGAUGUAGAGGAGAUCAUCGCAGAGAAUCCCUGCCAGAACCACCACUGCAAGCAUGGCAAGGUGUGCGAGGUGGACGACAACAACUCGCCCAUGUGCGUGUGCCAGGACCCCUCCAGCUGCCCAGCCACCGCCGGCAUGUUUGAGAAGGUUUGUGGUACAGACAAUAAGACCUACGACUCCUCCUGCCAUUUCUUUGCCACCAAGUGCACCUUGGAGGGAACCAAGAAGGGACACAAACUGCACCUGGACUACAUUGGGCCUUGCAAAUUCAUCCCUGCCUGCCUGGACACAGAGCUGACUGAGUUCCCCCUGCGCAUGCGGGACUGGCUCAAGAACGUGCUGAUCACCCUGUAUGAACGUGAUGAGGACAACAACCUUCUGACUGAGAAGCAGAAGCUCAAGGUGAAAAAGAUCCAUGAGAACGAGAAGCGCUUGGAAGCUGGUGACCACACUGUGGAGCUGCUGGCCCGUGACUUUGAGAAGAACUACAACAUGUACAUCUUCCCUGUGCACUGGCAGUUUGGCCAACUGGACCAGCACCCCAUUGAUGGGUACCUGUCCCACACCGAGCUGGCCCCUCUCCGUGCCCCCCUCAUCCCCAUGGAGCACUGCACCACCCGCUUCUUUGAGGCCUGCGACCUGGACAACGACAAGUACAUUGCCCUGGAGGAGUGGGCCAGCUGCUUCGGCAUCAAGGAGCAGGAUAUAGACAAGGAUCUUGUGAUCUAAAGCCUCAGCUUCCCUCCCUGCUGCCAACUUUGUCUUGUUUUAACCUUCCCACUUCCUACGGUUUUUAAACCUCUUUUGUUUCAUUUUGUUUUACCCUGGGAACAAGGUGCUAAUAUAGAUCUAAACAUAUAUAGUAACGGUACUAAGAGAAAUAACAGUCCUCCUUAAUAGCCUAAUCUGUUACCACUAGAUUACUCACUCGGCUGUUUCCACAUGCUCUUAUCUGCUCUCUCUCUCCAACAUCUUUACAAUUGACUGACCCUAUUCCUGUCCUAAAUAUCCGCUCCGUCUCCGUAUCCACUCUUGGAUAGACUUCUGCUAACUUCUUACUAACAGCAUGUUCUUCGGACACUUCAGCGUAGGCACAAAGACAUCGCAGCUGAUUUACCGCCCUGAGUUACAGAAUGCAGGCGAGGGAAGGCAGGCCUCGAGGAUGUUGGAAGAUUGGGCUUUUCGAGCAGAGCGGCUGCCGGUGACAUUGUGGAGUGCUGGAUUUCAGCGUGUGGUAGGGGGGAUGGAGAGGGGGUGAGACAGGUAGAGGAGAGCCAGUGGCAGGAUUUUGGGUUACUUAUUUUUUUUAAUUCCCAGGGCUUGAAUUUAACAAUCAUUGGGCACAAAAAAAACCUGUCUAACCAAACAGAUGAACAGGAGAACGCACAAAAAAAUCAGAUAAAUAAAAUGAAACACAUAUCAUCCUGUAAAAGCCCCUCUAAAAAUAAAGGUUUGAAAAUGCUAUGUGCUUUACCAUUACUCCAUGAUUGUACUGCUGUUGUGUUUUCUGUGCUGUAAAGGGAGAUUCAGUGUUGACACAUGUUCCUCCUGGGUGUUCGUGGCUGGCCUUGCUAUUGCGAUUCUGCUGUAGCUGAGAUAAAGCUCUUGGCUUCCUGAAAUCGUGUUGCCCUUGAGCACUUCCACUUCUCCCUUAGUCGUUCUUAAAUUCCAGCCCUGUUCUCCCAGUGAAGCUGUGUUAGGUUUGGAAGGGACAUUUCUGCUCAGAAAGAGGCAUGCUUGCAACACAUGCCCUGUAAUAUUUUUUCCUGUUGUGGAUUUGGGGGUUUAAGGGAUGAGAGGGAGGGAAGGGAGAGGGUAUUUGGAUUUUCCUUUGUAGAGAAGGUCCUGACAGGAGCGAAGGGAUGGUUACGUCUCACAGGCUGAGAACUCUUUUUUUGUUUGUUUGUUUUUACCUCUGAAUGUUCCCUGUGCCUUAUAUUAUUAAAUUCCUGCCACAGUGUGAGCAACCUGAUGAGUCUCUGUAAUAAAAAAUACUGAUUUGAAACACUGACACUAAA